CAGUCGCAGCUUUGUCAUAUAGCUUUUUCGGUUCGUCGGUGUUAAGUUUUUGUGCAUUUUCGGCUCGAUCUCGUUGUAAAAUUGCGUUUUUCUAGUGAAACCCUAUUGGUUGAGAAAUAGUGCUUUCGUUGUGCAUUCGGCUUUCGGAAUUCCUGAGGUUCUCGAAGUGCAUCACGGCCAUGGCAAUGCUGGAGGGAACACUGUCCAAGUGGACAAAUGUGAUGAAGGGAUGGCAGUAUCGCUGGUUUGUGCUGGAUGAGUAUGCGGGAUUGCUGUCCUACUAUACGUCAAAGGAAAAAAUGAUGAAAGGCGUUCGAAGAGGCUGUGUCCGUUUGAAGGGGGCCGUCAUCGGAAUAGACGAUCAGGAUGUUAGCACCUUCACAAUCACCGUCGACCACAAAACGUUCCAUUUCCAGGCCAGAGAUGCCGACGAGCGGGAAAAAUGGGUCCGCCGGCUAGAAGAUACGAUUCUGCGACACGCAAACCGAAGCAGGGCACUGUGGGAGCAGCAGUACAGUAGCCCGGGAAGUGGUAGUAAUUUACAGGGAACUCCGGGUUCCAGCAGUACCAGACGGGCCACACACCUGGUGCUGUUUGAUGGAAGAGUCAGCGAGGCGGACGCUUAUCUGCAGCUUAUGAUCGAGCAGACGACGAAAAUCGACAACAGGAUACAGACGCUGGGAGAAUGCGAGGAAGCCGAAGGUCUGAAAAUGAUCUGUGAACACGCGAACGCCAUGCUGGACAACAUUAAGCAUUCCAUUGUUCUCCUGCAAAUAACUAAGAACACUGCUAAUCCCAUCAAUGGCAUUUACCAGGGCCCCAUCGUCAGCAAAUCGGAAACGGAAACUGAAGCGAGCGAUACCGACUUUGCGGCCGUCGCGACGCCGGCUUCGAUUCAGACUGGCAUCGAGGUGGGAUCCGAAUGUCGAGAAAACCGGCGACGAAGCAACUUGGCCCACUCUUCGAUUACUGUUCCGGAGACUUCCUACUCGAGCUCGGAGGGAGAGGACGACUUCUUCGACGCAAACGAUGAUCCAUUCAACUCUAGUCAACUGAACACACCAACAAGCAACACCCGCACCCUUACAGAUCCCGCUGCUCGCUUGUCGACCGAUGAACACUUUGUCACCGCCGAGGACAACACUAGCAACAGCGUCUCGCUCAAGAAACAGGACAGCCAAGACACAUCUACCGCUUCUGCCGUUCCGAACGAUGUCUGUCGCGUCGGAACACGGAAGUCCUAUGAUUCCAAAUCGCUGCCAAUACGAAACGAUGGAAGCCUGGACUACGAUGCCUUAUACGAAGACGAAUCAGACAACGACUUAUCGAUGGAAUCGCACGGUUCCGUGGUCACCCACCUGCUUUCCCAGGUGAAGAUCGGCAUGGAUCUGACGAAGGUCGUCCUGCCGACGUUCAUCCUGGAGAGGCGAUCACUGCUGGAAAUGUACGCCGAUUACUUCGCCCACCCGGAUCUGUUUCUGCGGAUUGCUGACCUCAAGGAGCCUCGCGAGCGCAUGAUGCAGGUUGUUCGCUGGUACCUCAGCGCUUACCACGCCGGUCGUAAGAGUUCCGUCGCGAAAAAGCCGUACAAUCCCAUUCUCGGCGAAAUAUUCCAGUGUCACUGGGAUACACCCGAUAUGCUAACGGGAGACGACAGUUCCAACAUAGAAGUAAGGGAAGGACCCGUGCCGUGGUGUCGCAAAGACCAAUUAACAUUUAUUGCCGAGCAGGUCUCGCAUCAUCCACCAAUUUCAGCGUUCUAUGCUGAACAUUACAACAAAAAAAUUAGCUUUUCGGCUCAUGUGUGGACGAAAUCGAAAUUCCUAGGCCUAUCGAUCGGAGUGCACAAUAUCGGACAGGGAACGGUAACGCUCUGCGAUCUCAACGAGGAAUACAUUGUGACCUUCCCGAAUGGUUACGGACGAUCGAUUUUAACUGUGCCAUGGAUAGAGCUUGGUGGUACUAUAACAAUCACAUGUCCGCAGACAGGAUACCACGCUGACAUCGAUUUUCUCACGAAGCCAUUCUAUGGUGGGAAGCGUAAUAGGAUUCAGGGGGAGAUCUAUGCACCCAACGACAAGAAGUCCUUCGUAUCGAUAGCUGGUGAGUGGAGCGGCCUAAUGGAGUACAAAUGCAACGACGGGGGUAAACCUUCCAAGUUUGAGACGUUCGUCGAUGUGAACAGCAUACCGAUAUUCAAGAAAAAGGUCCGCCCUGUAGCGGAACAGUCAGAAUUCGAGUCUCGGAAGGUGUGGAAAGAGGUCACGGCUGGACUGAAGAUGAACGACAUCGACAAAGCAACGAAUGCAAAAUUUCAGGUUGAACAAAAACAGCGGGCCGAAGCGCGCGAACGGAAGGAAGCCAGCGGUGAAUGGGAGAACAAGUAUUUCAAAGCUGUUGGAGAUUCAUGGAUUUAUAACAAUCCGUUACUGCAUAGACUAACGUUGGAGAGACGGGACAGUAAAAGAUAGCAAUCUAGCAGUAACAGCAGCGGUGUCACUGGGAACUAUUUUAGCGGUGAUAGGCAGUAAAGGUGAGGCACAUCAGUCUCGCAUGUCAUUUCGAAUGGGUAUUUAUAGGUACGAGCCAGCAACUAUUAUGUCGCGAUCAAACUUUAGCGAAAAUCGUGAAAUUCACAGCCUUCAGCCACAUUGUUCGAAGAAUCUUUUUUUUUUCUGCAUAUAACAGUUUAUCUGAAGUUGUUUGAAUAAACUUUGAUAUGCAUUUAACGGUACCCUUUUACAUUCAUCUAAUCAUUUUUAUUCAGUAUCUUUAGCGUUUAUAUUGAAACUUUUAAACAUUAUUUGCACGCAUCUUUGGUUGUAUAAACAAUAGAUGAUAGUUAUGCUUGAAGCACCACACAUUUUAUGUUGUGUGGAAAUAAGCAAUUGAUAGACCAAAAUAUUUGAACGUCCACUAUUUAUUUAUCGUAUUUUUUCGGAAAGUAGCGCUAAACAAACGCUCGGUAUUUUCAAAACGGCCCUUAUUGAUCUCUUCAGAAAACAUGUUUCGUGGUGAUAUUUUGAAAGCAUUUCGACGAUUCUUACGACCAGCAACUCUUCCACUAGUUCGUUAAACAACAGAUAGAAAUUCACAUUGCACAACGUUCAAGCCGACUUUUACAGACGAAGAAAAAACAUGUUUGUGAUAUUGCACAAAAUAAGAAUUUCACUGUUUUAUAUGCAACAACAAAAAAAAGUUACAUAGCAACUUUCUUCACUUGAAAAAUAUAUUUACUAAACUUAAACGCUUCAGCAUCCAGAACAGGAAAGUCCUUUCUACAUGUAGCGAGAAAUACAACUUAACCUAACUCAUGCGCAUUGAUUGAAAAUCAAGCAAAACUAUAAUAAAUACCGGCUAGGAAAAAAAACACGUUAACGAAAAGCAACACGAAUAAAUAACAUUUGAGAUGGGAGAAUGGAGCAUGCUGUGAAUCAUUAUUAUCAGUAUAUAAUAUUAUAAAUGAAUAUAAUAAAAUAAAAUACUAUUUAAUUAUGACUCGAGCCUAACACAUACAAAUGGCUGAAAGGCAAAAUUUAAAUAAAGCAAAACCAUAAUGCACCAUAAAUGUAAGACUUUGAUUUUACAACUGAAGAAGAAAGAGAAAUAAGAAAAAAACAAGCGGUAAUCGGAGCGCAACCGAUCGAACUAACACAACAGUAGAACAAAUAGGGUAAUAUUAAUAAUAACAAUACAAUACAAAGGCAAGAAUCGAACAGUUUGAGUGUCGAACGAUUCGACCCGAAAUGAUUAUCAGUUUGCGCAGAAUUUACGCAUAUAUCACAAUGUCAAGGAAGAGAAAAGCUUCUGCUCUGUCGCUAAACAAGACACAACACAAGAAGACGAUGUUGAAUUAGGUGACAAAACGAGAUGCAAUUUAAACAGUUUAAA